CUCGCCUUCCAUUUCCUGUGCAGCUUCUCCUUCCCCUUCUCCCGGCGCCGGAGCCCGAAGCCCGGGCAGUGCCGAUGGCUUGGCGCGUCUUGCUGCUGCAGCUCAGCCUCUUCCCGCUGCGGCUCUCGGGUGCGUGUCCCCCACUGACUUGGGACUUCAAGCUGCAGCAGCCCCAGGACAAGGUGUCGGUGACAGCGGGGGAGACGCUCACCCUGACCUGCACCACGUCUGGAAAUGCUCCCGCUGGCCCCGUGAAGUGGCUGAAGGGCCGGGGCAGUGGGAACCAGACCAUCUAUGACCAGACGGGCUCCUUCCCCCGUGUGACGAGGGAAGUGGAUGAGUCCAACACGGACUUCACCAUCCACAUCAGGGAUGUUCAACCCGAGGAUGCCGGCACCUAUUACUGCGUGAAGUUCUGCAAAUCAGUGGGCGGCGAUGAGGUGUUUCAGCAUGGAAAAGGCACGGAGGUGUCCAUACAUGAGACAACCCUGCUUCGCAGCAUGGUGGCUGUAGCUGUAGUGCUCUGCUUCCUCCUCCUCCUUGGCGUCGUCAUCACCCUUUGCAUGUGCAGGAGGAAGCACAGAGGUGAGGCAGACAGCCAGUGCCUGGCCAGGCCGGCGGCCAUGGGCACCUUCUCGCCCAUCCCUCUGCAGUGCUGUGCAGGGACCCCCGGCACCCCCAGUGAAGUCCUGGAUGCAGAGAGCUCCCAUCUGCCCAGCCAGCAAAGCAGCAAGGAGGACAACUACAUCCACUACGCCGAUCUCCAGCCCCUGCCCGCGGCCCCGCGGCACACCAGGAGCCCCGGCGCAGCCUGCUCCGAGUACGCCAGCGUCAGGGUAGCUACCAAGUGACAUGUGGCACCGCAGCCUGUGAGGCCGAAGAGCCCGUUUUGGGGGAGGAAGCAGGGACAUUUCUGCAGGGCACAAUAAAGAAGGAAGUGGGUUGCUUUGCACGGCACACCCCGGUCCGA